AUGGCUUGUACCAGGAGAACCAAAACUUUGGUGUCGACGUGUGUGAUCCUGAGCGGCAUGACCAACAUCGUGUGCCUGCUGUACGUCGGCUGGGUCACCAACUACAUCGCCAGCGUCUACAUCAAAGUUCCCGUGCCUGUCCCGGCGAGAAAGUUGGAAGGCGACAAAAAGGGGGAAACUCUGCGGAUUAUAGAGCGACUCGACCGGCUGGAGAACGUCGUCAACCAGCACAUACAAGAGACCCCACUGAAAGGAGAUGACAAUCAGGCAGACAGAUCUUUUGCUGACUCCUCCCUGUUCAGCCACUGGGGUCAAGAGCUGAGUCCCGAGAGCAGGAGAGUGGCCCUCAAGAUGUUCCAGUACUACGGCUACAAUGGCUACCUCAGCGACCGGCUGUCCAUGGACAGAUCCAUCCCGGACUAUAGACCUGAAGGGUGUAAGAACAUCUCCUACCCAUCCAACCUCCCUCAGGUCAGCAUUGUGUUCAUCUUUGUGAACGAAGCGCUCUCUGUCAUCCUACGCUCCAUCCACUCCGCCAUGCACAGAACUCCAAGCCACCUUCUCAAAGAGAUCAUAUUGGUGGAUGACAACAGCAACACUGAAGAAUUGAAGGAGAAGCUGCAGGAGUUUGUCGAGGAGACGAAUGCAAAGCGUCCAGGCUUCAUCAAGGUGGUGCGCCACAGCAAGCAGGAAGGCCUGAUUCGCUCCCGUGUGAGCGGCUGGAGGGCCGCCACCGCCCCCGUGGUGGCCCUGUUUGACGCCCAUGUAGAGUUCAACACUGGCUGGGCCGAGCCCAUUCUCCAGCGAAUCAAGGAGGACAGAACCCGGAUCAUAUCACCAUCGUUUGAUAACAUUAAAUAUGAUACGUUUGAGGUGGAGGAGUACCCGCUGUCUGCUCAGGGCUUCGACUGGGAGCUGUGGUGUCGGUACCUGAACCCGCCCAAGUCCUGGUGGAAUCUGAACAACAGCACCGCUCCAAUCAGGAGUCCCGCUCUGAUUGGCUGCUUUGUGGUGGACAGGCAGUACUUUGCGGAAAUUGGGCUGCUUGACGAAGGCAUGGAGAUCUACGGCGGGGAGAACGUAGAGCUGGGUGUGAGGGUGUGGCAGUGUGGUGGCAGCGUGGAGGUGUUGCCUUGUGCCCGAAUCGCCCAUAUCGAACGUGCUCAUAAACCCUACACAGAGGACUUAACUGCACACGUGCGCCGCAAUGCCCUCAGAAUGGCUGAGGUGUGGAUGGACGAGUUCAAGAGUCACGUCUACAUGGCCUGGAACAUUCCACAAGAGGAUUCAGGCAUAGACAUUGGGGACAUCUCGGAAAGGAAAGCGCUGAGGAAAAGACUGCAGUGUAAGACGUUCCGGUGGUAUCUGGUAAACAUCUACCCUGAGAUGAGAAUGUAUACAGACACCAUCGCCUAUGGAGUGCUGAAGAACUCUCUGAAGAGUGAGCUGUGUUUGGAUCAGGGCCCAGACACGGACAACGUUCCAAUCCUGUACCUCUGCCAUGGGAUGACCCCUCAGAACGUGUACUACACCCGUACUCAACAGCUCUACGUGGGCAUUCUCAGCCCCACCGUCGAUGAUGAUGACAACAAGUGCCUGGUGGACGUGAACAGCCGGCCGAGGCUGAUUGAGUGCAGCUAUGCCAUGGCAAAGCGCAUGAAGCUCCAUUGGCUUUUUACUCAGGGAGGCUCCAUACAGAAUAGGAAGUCAAAGCGAUGCCUUGAGCUCGUGGAGAGCAGUGACAAUGAGUUUGGAUAUCAGCUGGUUCUCCAAAAAUGCACUGGACAGAAAUGGACUAUCACCAACGUGCUGCCUGGUAGCGCCUUGUGAUGGAAUCUUCGGAGUGAAGAAGAGCCAAAGCUACAGUACACUGGAUGCCACCGAGAAGCUUGGUUGACAAGGAGACCACAAUGCACCCGGAUGUCUCUAUUCGAACUUGACAUCAUAUGAUAAAUGUUACACAUUUUUUCUCUAGCUACUGUUCAUGUGCAUAUGCGUUGGCCAUGUUUGGCAGAUACCGCAUUGUGCAUCAAUGAAGUUCCACACUGUUCUAUUUUGUGCAAGGUAUUCUCGGAUGUGUGUCGACUUAAAGGUUUUAUGGGCCCGAGGCAGUGGUUUUUAUGUAUUUGGCCCAUGUUUUUGCUACCGUGUAGCAAGCUUUGGCAACGUUUAUUGCUGUAUUCCUUUCCUUCUAGUGUCUCAGGUUUGUAGUUGAGAUUAUUUUGAAAUUAAACUGUACAUUUUGGGGACAUGCCAAUACGUUGGAAUAUAUCUAGAUACAAUCGACUAUUUUAUAUCUCUGUGUAAAUGCUCUCAGUAUUUAUAAUAUAUGGCAUUAAAGGAACAGGUGGUGAGAAAAACAA